AUGGCAAGUAGUGCAAAGCAGUGCAGAGACAAGCAUGCCGACAAAGAGCAGCCAGAUGCACGGAAACCGAAUGGCGUCAAUGCUAAACAUCCAUAUAUGGUUGCAUCAAAACAUAGCAAAUAUAAUAACGAUCGGUUGAGAAAUAUCGACAGCAAUUUCCAACAGCAGUACCGCAAUGACAAAAGAAGAGAUAGUGAAGUGCACUGCGAUAGGACUAAACGACUAAGAACAGAUAAGGAAUGCAAUAGUGUAAGGCUGAAAAUAUUUAACAUGGAUUUCGAGAAAGAGACAUGCUCAAUAAAGCUGGAGUGUGCAGGAACAUUGGAAAGAGUGAAAGAACUAUUUAGCAAUCCCAAAACAGUCACGGCAAUUGAAGGAGGAUAUUUAUUGGAGUAUCCGAGUAAAGAGCAUGCACUUGUUGACAUGAAGGCCAACAGACGGCCAUCAGGAAAGAAAAGUGCAUUGAGCGAAGAGUAUAUGAACACCAAGUACAUCCUACUGAACCUGUCAUACAAAGAAACAGAAGAAACGAUUUCCAAGGAGUUCAGCAAGUAUGGCGAGAUUGAGAAAAUCAGUAUAAAGAAGAACAAGUACAAUAUAUCCACAGGAAAGGCAGUCAUAACCUUCAAGAAGAAGGCAGUUAUCAGGGACGAAGUGGUGAUGAGCAGCAAGCCUAUAUAUGUUGAAAGAGUUAAGGUGCCAGUGCAAAACAAAAAGAGGUUUUUUGUUGGCGGCCUUGCAAAAAAGCAUUCGAUUGUUGAGAUUAGGACUAUUCUCGCCAAUGCGGGAUGCAAGCCACUAGACAUUGUUGUUCCGUAUGGAAAUAACAAGAAGAACAAGGGAUAUGGAUUUAUUGAGUAUAGAGAUGAAAAGGAGGCGAAUGUGUUUGCAAGUAAAUUUGACUCUGUUAAAGCAUUGCUUGGGCCUGACUGUUAUUUUGAGUAUUCGAAUGAAAAGAAGCUUUUGAAGAAGUAG